GGGAGGGGGUGGUGGCCAGUGACUGGUCUUCUGUACCCCAGACCCUCGCUUGAAACUUCACAGAGCUGCCACCUUCACAACUCGCCCGCGAGAGCGGUGCCCUGAACCGUUCCGGAGAAAAAGACCGCUGGCCACCACCUUGAUGACAACACCUCCGUGCCUCCUCCCGGCUCAGGCUGUCCGGCAGCCGUCGAUCCAUGGCCUCUCCCAGAUCACCAGCAGCCUGUACAUCAGCAACGGUGUAGCGGCGAACAACAAACUCAUGCUGUCCAGCAACCACAUCACCACGGUCAUCAACGUCUCCGUGGAAGUGGUCAACACCUUUUAUGAAGACAUCCAAUACGUACAGGUGCCCGUGGCCGAUGCUCCGAGCUCACGACUCUACGACUUCUUCGACCCGAUUGCUGAUCACAUCCACAGCGUGGAGAUGCAGCAGGGCCGCACGCUGCUGCACUGCGCUGCUGGGGUGAGCCGCUCGGCCGCGCUCUGCCUGGCCUACCUCAUGAAGUACCACGCCUUGUCGCUGCUGGACGCCCACGCGUGGGCCAAGUCGUGCCGCCCCAUCAUCAGACCCAACAACGGCUUUUGGGAACAACUCAUCCAGUACGAGUUCAAGCUGUUCAGCAAGAACACCGUGCACAUGAUCAACUCCCCAGUAGGCGUGAUCCCCGACGUCUACGAGAAAGAGAUCCGCUUGAUGAUGCCGAUGUGAACAGCGCCCGACACCCGCUGAAGAUCCUACACCAACACCGAACCCGAACGUUAAAGUUUUGUUGGCAAAGAAAACUAGAUGCCUUUUAGAAGGGCGAGCAAAAAAAGAAAAGGGGGACAGUUGGACUUUUUAGCUUAGUGAGUUUUAUCUUUAAAGAAUAAAAUUCAUUAGAUGUAA